AUGUCGUCCGACCCUAAAGUUACUGCCGAGCAUUCCGAAUGCGUUGACAUGUCUGUCAAGGAUGGCUCUGUGGAGAGCUGUGCUGGAAUGUCGCCUCGCGCCCCUGUCCUUGACGAUGAGAAGAACCGAAAGUUGCUUCGGAAGAUUGAUAUGCAUUUGAUGCCUGUUGUAAGAUCACUCGCCCUUGAUUGUGCUCCUGAUAGGCGACGCUCACGACCACAGAUGUGCUUCACCUAUGCACUCCAAUACUACGACAAGGCCCUGCUCAGCCAGGCUGCAAUCUUUGGACUGAGAACAGAUCUCGGCAUCGAAGACGGACUUAAGUACUCGUGGGUCUCAUUGAUCUUCUACUUUGGCUAUAUCGCUGGUUGCUACCCUAUAUCCUGGCUAUCACAGAAAUUCACCGUCGGCAAAGUCUGCCCUAUAAUCUGCUUUCUCUGGGCCGUGGUAGUCCUCACCACCCCUGCCUGCACAAACUACACCGGGAUGCUCGUAAACCGGUUCAUGCUAGGGUUGAUCGAGAGCGGCGUCUCGCCAGCCUUCAUGCUCUGCACAGGCAUGUGGUACACCCACUCUGAACAAGUCUUCCGGUCAUCGCUCUGGUACUCGUUCAUCGGCGGCUCUAACAUUGUCUCCCCACUAAUCAAUUACGGCCUCAGCCACAUCACCGGUGGCGUCCUUCACCCCUGGCAAUACAUGUACUUGAUUGCCGGACUUGCCACACUCCUUUGGUCCAUCAUCCUCUGGUUCGUCUUCCCCGGAAGUCCUCACAUAGCCAAGGGAUUCAGCGCGGAAGAACGAAUCAUGGUUCUUGAACGCGUCCGGUCUAACAACGCCGGUGCUGAGAACCGGCAUUUCAAAUGGUACCAAGUGCGCGAGGCGCUUCUAUCAUAUCAAUUUUGGUUCGUAUUCGUCCUCUCGCUUCUCUCGAGCAUUGGAAGGGGUGCAGUAACGACAUUCGGCUCGAUCAUCUUUAACGGGAUGGGGUUUUCGACCUUUCAAUCUCUACUACUGAAUAUGCCUAUCGGUGCCUUGGCCUUUAUCUGCGUUCUGGGAUCUGGGUAUAUCGGACGCAAGGUGCCCAAUUCGCGGCUUUAUAUCCGUGCCGCCCGCAUUAUAGGCUUUUACCUCAUUAACUUCUUCUCCUCAGCCUGGGUGCAAUGUAUCGCCAUGGGAACGUCGAAUGUAGCCGGCCAUACAAAGAAAGCCACCAUGGCUGCGGCGACGUUCAUGGGCUACUCCCUAGGAAAUAUCGUCGGGCCUCUCACCUUUGAUGCCAACGAUGCCCCCCGCUACGACCCAGGGUUCCGUGCCACGGUCAUCUGCUUUGCCAUCUGCUUUGUUCUCGCCCAGGUAUUUAGAGCGCUCAUGUUGGCGCAGAAUAAAAGGAGGAAUAGCAAGUAUGGCCCGCCGACGCAGGAACACGGGUUGGAGGACUUGACCGAUAGGGAGAAUAAGUCGUUUCGGUAUCCUCUUUAG